CGCCCCCGGCCUCGUCGUCCCGCCCCCGCGCCAGAGCCGCAGCCGCCGCCGCCGCCGCCGUCGCCGCUCGGGCCUGCUGCAGCCCAUCUCAAUAAUUAGGGUGACACAGAGAACCUGAUGCCACCUCCCCGGAUUGUCCCAAGCCGUUUACUUUCCCAGCUGUACUGUGGAUUGAAGCCUCCAGCCUCUGUACAAACCAAGAUUUGCCUAACAAUGGCUCGUCCAAGUUCAAGUGUGGCUGACUUCCGGAGGCUCUUUGCAAAAGCCAAGCACAUAGUCAUCAUUUCAGGGGCUGGUGUCAGUGCCGAGAGUGGGGUACCGACUUUCAGAGGAGCGGGAGGUUAUUGGAGAAAAUGGAAAGCUCAGGACCUGGCCACCCCCCAGGCCUUUGCCCAAAACCCAUCCCAGGUGUGGGAGUUCUACCACUACCGGCGGGAGGUGGUGCAGAGCAAGGAGCCCAACGCCGGUCAUCUGGCCAUCGCUGAGUGUGAGGCCCGGCUGGGCAGGCAGGGCCGACGGGUCGCCGUCAUCACGCAGAACAUCGAUGAGCUGCACCGCAAGGCUGGCACCAAGAACCUUCUGGAAAUCCAUGGUAGCUUAUUUAAAACUCGGUGUACCUCUUGUGGAGUUGUGGCUGAGAAUUACAAGAGUCCAAUUUGUCCAGCUUUGUCAGGAAAAGGGGCUCCAGAACCUGAAACUCAAGAUGCCAGAAUCCCAGUGGAGAAACUUCCCCGGUGGGAACUUCCUCGGUGGUCUACCCCGCCGCCACGUUUGCCCCCCAGGUGUCUGCCCGGGGGGUACCGGUGGCCGAAUUUAACAUGGAAGCCACCCCUGUGGCGAACAGAUUCAGGUUUCAUUUCCAGGGGCCAUGUGGGACGACGCUUCCUGAAGCCCUUGCGCCUCAUGAAACUGAAACUGUUCCUUAAUUGCCCUGAGGAAGGAAGAAAUCACAGCGUAUCAAGUACCAGGCCACCAACAGGAGAAAGAGUCUUGUGGAUGGAUGGAAUUGCUUCCAAAUCAGAGAAGAGGAAAAGCGAAUUGAAAAUACUCCAAAAUUUAUGUGAGGCCACGCCCUUCCCCGCUCUGCGCAUGCGCCUCUGCAUAGCUCAGCGGGGACUCGGAACCUGCAGAGGGCGACAGAACCCGCGGCGCCUGCCUUUUACGUCACGCUCCGCUUGCGUGCUGAUUCCGGGUCAGAGGUUGGGCGCAGCUUGGGUCAUGGUGCAGCUCAGGCCGCGCGCGUCCCGCGCCCCGGUGUCGGCGUCGGCGAUGGUGGACGAGGGCCAGCCCGCCUCGGAGGAGGAGGCGGAGCACGGCCUGUUGCUCGGGCAGCCGAGCAGCGGCGCGGCUGCCGAGCCGCUGGAGGAAGACGAGGAAGGGGACGAUGAGCUUGACGACGAAGCCCCGGAGGAGCUGACUUUCGCCAGCGCUCAGGCGGAAGCGAAAGAAGAAGAGCGGCGAGUUCGCGAGACCGUGCGCAGGGAUAAAACGCUUCUGAAGGAGAAGAGGAAGCGACGCGAGGAGUUGUUCAUCGAACAGAAGAAAAGAAAACGUCUUCCAGAUACUAUUCUAGAGAGGUUAACUACAGCUUCACAAACUACUGUGAAGAAAUCACCGGCAAAGUUGAAAGAAGUUAAUUUGCAAAAGAAAAAUGAAGAAUGUGAGAAAGGAAGUGACUUAAAGAAAGCUAAAGAAAAAGUGCAAAAAGUACAGACUGUUGGCCAGAAUAAAAGCUACUUGGCUGUAAGGCUAAAAGACCAAGAUUUGAGAGAUUCAAGGCAAGAAGCAGCCAAAGCCUUCAUACAAAAUUGUUUAUAUGGUCCUGGAACCAACAGAACUACUGUAAACAAGUUCCUGUCUCUUGACAACAAGAGGUUACCCGUGAAAAAGGCCGCAGCCCAGUUUUUGAAUAAUGCUUGGGGAUCCCAGAAAAAACAAAAUGCCAAGAGGUUUAAAAGACGUUGGAUGGUCAGAAAGAUGAAAACUUCUAAGAAGUAAAUCAAAAGCUAAAUGAAGAAUGAGUACUUUGUAUGUAUAGAACUUAAAAAUAUUUAGUUUAGAGCAUUUAAUUUUUCUGAAAAAAUUAAUAAAAGACUUACUUACAAAUC